CAAUAAAGAUAAUAGACAAGUCUCAGCUGGAUGCUGUGAAUUUGGAGAAAAUCUACCGAGAGGUGCAGAUAAUGAAGAUGCUGGAUCAUCCCCACAUUAUCAAACUUUACCAGGUUAUGGAAACCAAAAACAUGCUUUAUCUUGUCACAGAAUAUGCCAAAAAUGGAGAGAUUUUUGAUUACUUGGCUAAUCACGGUCGCCUCAAUGAGUCUGAAGCCAGAAGGAAGUUUUGGCAGAUCCUCUCCGCGGUGGAGUACUGUCACAGUCGCAAUAUUGUACAUAGAGAUUUGAAGGCUGAAAACCUGCUACUGGACAAUCAUAUGAACAUCAAGAUAGCAGAUUUCGGGUUUGGCAACUUUUAUAAGACUGGAGAACCUCUGGCUACAUGGUGUGGGAGCCCUCCCUACGCAGCUCCUGAAGUCUUCGAGGGGCAGCAGUAUGAGGGACCACAGCUGGAUAUCUGGAGCAUGGGGGUUGUCCUUUAUGUCCUAGUCUGUGGUGCUUUGCCCUUUGAUGGUCCUACACUACCCAUCUUGAGACAGAGGGUGCUGGAAGGGAGGUUCCGGAUUCCAUAUUUCAUGUCAGAAGAAUGUGAACAUUUGAUCAGGAGGAUGCUGGUUUUGGAGCCCUCGAAACGUCUCUCCAUUUCUCAAAUUAAAGAGCACAAGUGGAUGGUGGCAGAGGUCCCUGUGCAUAGGCCUGUUUUGUACGCACAGAGUCAGGAGAAAGAAACGUCUAUCGGAGAAUACAAUGAACAGGUCUUGAGGCUCAUGCACAGCCUUGGCAUAGACCAGCAGAAAACCAUAGAGUCCCUACAGAAUCGCAGCUACAAUCACUUUGCUGCCAUCUAUUACUUGUUAGUUGAAAGGCUCAAAUCUCAUCGCAGCAGCUUCCCAGUAGAGUCCAGGAUUGACGCGCGUCAACGAAGGCCAAGCACAGUUGCUGAACAGACAGUGGCCAAGGCCAGCACAGUGAUGUCUCCAGUCAACAUGAUGCCACAGAAUGUAAGGAUGAUGAGAGGUCCAAUUGUCCAAGAAUCAUCUGCAGUGGAACCAUUUUCCUACCCCCAGAGCACCUGUCAGCCUGAGACUGCAUUCCUAGAAGAGGAAGCUGUGAAUACACCCACCGUGAACGGCUGUCUGUUUGACCCACUCCCUCCAGUGUCGGUGAGAAAAGGAUGCCAGUCUUUGCCUAGCAAUAUGAUGGAGACCUCCAUCGAUGAAGGCAUAGAGACUGAAGAUGACUCUGAAGAUGACCCAGCUUUGGCAUUUGCAGCUUUCCAAGGAAAGCGCGGUGGACAGCGGCGCCAUACACUUGCUGAAGUGACUAACCAGUUAGUGGUACUGCCUAGUGUGGGACCAGACAUGGAAGGAAAACUCUUCACCAUUGGAAACAACCCAUCUCUAGGAAGUGUUGACUCUGAAUAUGAUAUGGGCUCCAUUCAGAGUGAUCUCAACUUCCAGGAGGAUGCUGGAGCAUUGAAAGAAGCUGUUAUGGCCAACCAGUCAGCGACCAGGCUAACGCCACCUUACAUGGGGCUGCCACCAACAAAUCUGGCCAUGCCAGCUCUUUCCUCUCAAAAACGAGAAGCCCACAACAGGUCUCCAGUCAGCUUCCGUGAGGGAAGACGAGCAUCAGACACCUCACUGACACAAGGUAUUGUGGCCUUUCGGCAGCAUCUUCAGAACCUGGCCAGAACCAAGGGCAUCUUGGAACUCAAUAAAAUUCAGAUGCUGUAUGAACAGAUGGGACCAGAUGAAGAUCCCAACCUUGCUUACGGCCCCCAUCACCUCCAAGAUCUCAGUCAACCUCAGCAUGAUGUGUCUACACAACUUCCUCAUGUGUCUACGUUCCCCAUGCAUCCCCAACUGCUUUCUAGACGGCAAAGUUUGGAGACACAGUAUUUACAGCACAGACUACAGAAAGUAAGUCUGUUGGCAAAAGCUCAGAACAGCUGCCAACUGUAUUGUAAAGAAACACCAAGGAGUCUGGAGCAACAGCUGCAGGAACACAGGCUGCACCAGAAGCGUAUGUUCCUUCAGAAGCAGCCUCAGCUGCAGGCUUACUUCAACCAGUUGCAUAUAGCAGAAAGCUCUUACCCAAUGCAAGGACCGCAGCUUCCAAUGUCGCACCAGGAGUCAGUCCAGCAGACGCAGUUCAGCUUAUCCCAGCCGCUCAGCCCUGUGAUAGAGCCAGCUUCCGACGAAAUGCAAUACGACCCAUUCUUAAGUCAGUAUCACAAGCUGCACUCCCAGCAGAUGCAGCACUUGGCACAGCCUAGCCUGCCACAGGCGGCAGCACCGAUGCAGGUGCAGCAGCCAUCUUUACAAUAUCCUUAUCAGACUGGCGAGUUGCCAGGGGUGCUAUCACAUGAAACAGAGUACACUAGCCAAUGCCAGUAUUCUAUGAACCCAACUCAUCAUGGUGGCAUAGCCAUGCAUGAAAACCAGGGGGCAAAUGACCCACAGGCACCUUAUGAAACGUUGACACUCAAUGAACCUUUUGACUGUGAGAUGAUGGAAACUGUUGACUCACAACACAGUGGCUAUGUUUUGGUUAAUUAGAAAAAUACACGGGGUAUCUUUGUGUGUUAACAUAUGUUACGGCAAGGUGUAACGAAGGAUAGCGUGUGAAUUUUUGAUUGUUUUUUUUUUCUUGUGUUUCAACCUAAAUGAGAAAAAAAAAAUCAUUUCUUUUCUUACCCUUGACCUGGUCCUUUAUGCGGAAUUCAGCAUAUGGGCAAAGCUCCUUCAGUUGGCUGCGGCUCCCAGGUUUGUGUUCUGAGUGCUGGAACCUCGAAGACUGGUGACAGAGUUCUGUAGAAAAGUAAUUCUAUCUCGAAGCCAUUAUGUGGUUCUCCUCAAGUCAACAUUCUACUUUGCUGAGAGCCUAAAACUGCUACCAGAUCAAAACUUCAAUAGUUAGAACUAAGGAUUUGGAUUGUGGCAUUUGUAUGAAAAGCAACAUCAAAAAGCAAUAUUGUUUUUGGGAAACAUUUUUUUUUAAGUGACCCAAAAGUUGAAUGCAAAGACUUUCAGGAUAUUUUCUUCAAUGUUACUCUUAAGCUACUGAUAUGACAACAAAGCACCUUGCAAAAGCAUCUGGAGAAGAUAGGGACUUAUUAACCCAUUUGUACAUUAAUGAUGCUUGGAGACGCCUGUAAAAUGAAGCCUUGGCGUGACUUUGAUGCUGACCUAACCAGAAGACUACCUUAAGAGAUCUGAUGGUGCAUUACAAUCUCCUGUUUGUUGGGUGACUACAACAGUCUUCUUUUAUGUCUACAAAUGCAGUUGUGCAGGCUUUAUGUAGGUUUUUGUUUUGGAAAGACCUGUAGGCGAAAGCUUGGACAUACAUAGAAGCAAAUCUCCUAAAACCUCCAUAUAUCUCAAAGAUGGAUGCAGACAGAGGUUUCUCUCUGAAGGUGUAACUCUUAUUACAAACAUUCAACAUUUGUAGGAAAAGGAAGAAAUAAUAAUAAUAUUACUAUUAAUAAUAUUGACUGUGUUUUGAAGUCACAGUAAUACUGUAUGUUGCUGUUUGUUGCAAAAGAUUUGUACAUUUGGUAAACUAUAUAGAUUUUAGAGUCAGGAAAACACAAAAUGAGCUACAAAAAAUAAUGUGUGAAAUGUGGUAGUUAUGUGCCUUUUGGGUUCUUUUUCAUACUAGAUUAUACCUUUCUUUUUUCAGAUUAAAAAGAAAAAUUAGACCAUACCCCAUUUCUAUCAAUGCUACAUCCAAAGUAAAUUCCAAGUUUGUGUGUGCAUAUGUUUGUUCCACUGUGUGGAAUGCAUAAAUUGUUUAAUGAAUUCAAUGUAUUGAUCGCUCAUGUGUAGAAAAAAUGUUUUGAAAAAGUAUUAUAGCAAUAUUUAAUUCUAUUUAAUGUCAUGAACUGUUGAUAUAUUAAACAUGGCAGUGGGAUGUUUGUACAAUGCUAAAGUGAGGAAAUUCUCUUUCAAGAAUACAAAUAUUCUUAAGUCGCACGCGUUAGUAUUCAAUAAGUUACCCUACGUAGUAGGUAGUAACCUUGAACAUAGUUUGUACGCCUGUUAUUAAUCAUUCACAAUAUAUGUUGCACUUUCUGUAAAUCUCAAGAAUUAAAAUAGCCAUAAUCUGGUCAAUACCAUUACUUAAUAAAUAGAUUAGAAAAGAA